GGCACUUCCGGUUUGAGGACACUGCGACACAUGUGAGAGAGAUGGAGACUGCCGCAAAUAAAAGAGACACCAAAGAAAGUAGAAGAAAAUGUUAUAGUUCAAGGGAUGCUUAUUGGAAAUGCCUAGAAAGGACAAGUGAUAAACUUGCAGAAUCCAAAUGUAAACAUCUCAAAGAAGAGUAUGAAGGCUCUUGCCAUCCCACUUGGGUCACCCACUUCAAUAACCAACGAAUGAAUGAAUUAGCCACUAGAAAAUAUGCCUUAUAUGAUCCUGUUGAUCAACUACCGCCUGUGAGACAGAGCCCAGAAGUCGAAGCUAAAAAGAAAAAAAUAUUUGUUCCAUUUAGUUAGUUCUUGUCUUGUUAAUUUUUAAUUUUAUUUUUCAUUCCGUUUGUGUUUACUUUAUACAAAUAAAAUAGAUUUCUUACAAAAAUAACUAUUAAGUAUUUUGAAUCAUUGGGAAGAAAAUGGGACUUACUGUAUUAGUAGUAAGCCCAUACCCAUCCUCGAUACCCCAGGGGAUCA